UAUACGAAUAAAAGUAGCCCAAAAUUAUUUAUACCUACUACAUAUACACAGAAUAGAAGUAAUAUUAUAGCUAAAUAUACUGUUCCUUACUUAUGCUUUAAACGUAAUUUUUCUUAUAGUAGUAAAUGUAUGAAAUCACUUAAACUUGAUACUUUAAUUUCUUUAGAUCAGGAUAUUACUCCACCUGAAGAAAUAUUUAAAGAAUUAUGUAUUUACCCAGAUAAUUACUGAGAAAAUCUACAUGAUCCUCUAGUAAGAGAAUCAAUAAGAACCGAAGUAAAAUCUAAAAGUGGUAUAUACAUUAUAAUUUGUAAAAUAUCUCGUAAUUAUUAUAUAGGUUCAGCUCAAACAAAUAAUUUAUAUAUGAGAUUUCAUAAUCAUUUACUUACGAAUAAUCGUCAAGGUAGUAAAUUAGUACAAAGAUCUGUAGCUAAAUAUGGAUUAAAUAAUUUUAUUUAUGCUAUUUUAGAAUAUUAUCCUUAUAUUGUAACUAAAGAUAAUAAUGAAGAAUUAUUAGCUUUAGAAACGUCAUAUAUAGCUUUAUUAUUUCCUAAAUACAAUAUAGAAACUGAAGCUGGUAGAUUCUUUGGGUACAAAACUAAAGAUGUUAAUCUUAAUGAUAAAUUAAAUUUAAUUAAAUUAUCUUUAUUAGAUGAACGUAAGCAAUUAUUAAAAUCUAUCAAAGAUAAACAUCUGUUAGAAUAUGAUACUCAGAGAAGAAAUCAUUUAAGAGAAAUUGCUAAUAAUAGACCCAAGGAUUAUAUUAGUCCAGAAGGAUUAGAUAGAAUUGUUUUAGGUAGUAGUAAAGUUAUAUAUUUAAAAUCUUCAUUAGACGAUGCUUUUAACAUGUGUGAAUUCAAAAAUGUUAAUACUGCAGCUCAUUAUUUAUGCUGCAGUACUAAAACAAUACAACGGGCAUUACAUAAAGGUUUUAUAUAUGUUCCUUCACAUUUCUUACCAUUUCUAAAUCAAUCUCAUAUAGAUAAUCAUCUUUCAAUUAUUAAUCAUAUUGAUGAAAUAUCUUUAGAGAAAUUUUAUCGAUAUACCUUUCAUAAAAGGGGUAAGACUUUAAAGUUAAAAGCUACUUUAUCUAAUAAACCUAACUUUGUUAAAAUCUAUAUUUCAAGUGUAUUAGCUAGAACAUUAUAG